AUGUCGUUGAACUAUCUGACCGAGGAGUACUUGGCACCUAACUCCGAAUUUUGUCAGACUUUGCUGAACGUUCACGACGACCUCGAGACUCUUUCUGCCGACGCUGAGCUACUCGACCUUGCCCUGGAGAUCCAGGACAGCACGAAAACUUGCUACGCGAAGGUCGAGCAACUCCUCAACUACAUCAGUACAGAAAUACAUGAGAAGAUUUGCACCACUUCGGAACGUCUUGUGUUUCGUACCAACAACAGGUACGCUCCACCGCAUCACCCAAAUGGAAUAGAAACCGGCCGGCCAGACCUCAUUUGCGUGCUCGCGAGUAUCGCUGCAAUGCUCGAUCUCGACUCCCAGAAGCGGAUCCCAUGGCAUGUUAUCCUGUCCGCCAUUGAGGAGAAGCAGGCCUCUGAUUCGGACGACGGUGCAGGGCAGUGCGGCGCCUCCCUUGCAUGCGGAAAUCAGUCCCGCCCAGACUUGGUGGGGAUGUACGGCCUUACCGUCUCGCCCUGCAGUUUCCAGCUUCAGUACAGCUGCCCUGCGGGGCUCGUCACAUCGGAAGAAUUCCAUUGGAGCAAAGAUAUCAUCGGCCUUGUGCUGUAUGUCUACACGCUCUACUGUCCCCGCACCGACAAGCCGUCCAGAGACCCCUCCAUAACCCUGGCUCCCACCGACGACAUCUUUGGGCCGCCUACUUGGAAUAUCGAUGUCGGUAACAAAAUCUACAGGAAUUGCCAAGUAACGUUCGCCGGACAGCCGUGGACGCGGAUGACAUGGGUCGUCAAGUCGGGCGGCGACGAGCCAAAAAUUCCCAUCGUGAUCAAGGACACGUACCGUGACGCGCAGACUGGCUCCAAGGACGGCGACAUGUACAAAAUCCUUCAUCGAGAAGGGAGCGUGCCUGGAUUUGCCGCUGUCGAGCGCGAAUAUGAGGUCGAAUACGCCCCUGGGUGCCCAAUUACGGUCUGCAUUAACGACUGCACAAGGAUAAAGACUCGCUUGAUCAUGCAGACAUACGGUCGGCCUCUCACAAAAUGCAAGAACAUCGUGGACUUCUUCAAAGGGAUGUACGACAUCCUUGAAGCCCAUCGCUUCAUGUUCUCGGAGCGCAAGUUGCUCCACCGGGAUAUCAGUCACGGAAACAUCGUUGUCGACGCUCAAGAUGCGACGGGCAUAGUACCAUUCACAGCCGAGAAGCGGCCAGUGUAUAUUAACGAAGUUUUGACAGGCGAAGCAAUGGCAGAUCCGAUGGCGCGACUAAUCGACAUGGACAACUGUGCCAACCUCGAUCAAACCAACGAUGCUGUGAAGGAAGAGGACAUCGACAACAAACCAUUGAGGGACCGUACUGGAACACCAAGGUUUAUUUCUCGGUCCGUCUCUUUUGGCAACGUCCUGAACAGCAGUGAGUUCAAAUCCAUGCCCGAAAUAGAGGCAGACAUCGUGGAGAAGUAUCGUCUAGUGUACCACGACGACAGCUCCGACAUGCGAAACUUCAUUGACGAAAAUAACACUACACAUGGGGGCCACCUCUCGAAACAACUCCAGAAGGCGUAUAGAGGAAACAAUCUUCUCCGAUCGGCCCAUUUUGAACAUCAGCCUCGCCACGACGCCGAGUCCGUCUAUUGGUGCAUUGUCGUGUUUGUUUUGCUUGCCAAGCCAUUGAACAACGACGAGGACAACAACAUCGAGGGACUUGAUGACAUUUGGCCGAGUAUCGCGGAUCAUGAAGUUGGUACAAGCAACGACAAGAGGUCUAGUCUGAUUCAUAACGCCCAGUGGGAAACUUGGUUGCAUGAAGAUCUUUCCUUUAUCGCCGACUUGAUGGAAGACCUCACGGAACAAGUUCGCCCCGAAUGGGGACUUCUCACCCCCGCACCAAAACCCCUUCACCUCCAUGAGGCAAUGCAGCGCUUGAUCUUGAACAAUGUUUAUGCUUGGGAAAUCGAUCAAAUCAAUGUCGAACUGGACACUGACACUCCGCGACAGUACCCGAUAGAGGAACGAAAGCAGAUGGCACCCGGAAGACACUAUCCCAUCCACGGGCAGAUUCUCAGCGCCAACGUGCGUAAACGGGCGAACUCAACGGAACGAGAGGAACGAGAAUCGAAACGGCAACGUAGGAUGGACACGAAGGCUCUACAGGGCUCCUGCUCGCCUUCUCCGGGGGUGCCCAACCUCAGCUUGCUUUCGAACCGUUCAGUCUUCUACUUUGGGAUUCAACCUGUACAAAGACAGGCAGAACCAUGA